CGUUCUGUAGGCUGCCGCCCCCACCCUCGCCGUGUACGCUCCGGGGGCCAGCCCGCUUUCCCUCCACCUGUCCCUGCUCGCCGGGGUGGCACCGGAGCCGGUUUCCUCCGUAAUAGCAUAUCAGUUUUCCAAAAAGGAAGGAUGAGGCGAAGGGGGAAAAAAAAAUCAAAGACGCGUAGUAGACGGCGAGCUGCACGGGCGAAGCGGCCUUCGCCACUUGCGUUCUGCCCAUCCCCCAUCCUCUGCAGCCCCUCUGCAGCCCCUCUGCAGCCCCGGUGACCCUCUGCUCUCCGUGGGGGAGUCCAGAGCUCCCUUGCCUCGGGACUCUUGUAGACUCUGGAAGAAAGAGAAAUGGCACCGCCAACCCACCACGCUUUGUACCUUCCCUCUAUUGCUUCGGGACCGCCCAGCUUCUGAGGGUCGUUUCAGAUUUGAGCUGCGUUUUAUUUUUGCUUUCCACCCUGUUUUCUCCCCGAGAGCUUGAUGGGAAGCCGUCCUCCUUGUGUUUCACGAUGAGGUGGGCGUGUGGGCUAUCUGCAGACUUGGCCUCGCGUGGGUAGGAAUACAGGGCAUAUUGUUUGACAAUCAAUGAACAAGAGCGUGUUUUCAAAUGAAACGGGGUGGAUAAAUAAAUGAGGAACGAGGGUCUCGCCGGCCUGGGUGGGCUGAGCCCGUUGCUCAGGGAGAAGCCAGUUAACCUUGAAGCUGUACUGCAGGUUGAGACAAAAGGCAGGAAGUGUGGGGAGAAAAUUCAGGUUCAGUCGUCUAGGUUUAUGAUUAAUCUGGGCCCUCGGCCUUUGAUUACUCCCCAGCCCCUCUUUUAGAGUGGCUUUUCCCCUACUGGGACACAAAAAACCUAUAGGAUGUUAUUGAUUGGUUUUAUAAUGCCAUUAUCAUCCACCAAAAUUUAGAAUAUCAGCAAUAAAAUUUGUAUCUCAGAGAUAAGGGUAAAUAAAGGCAAGGUGGACGUUAGCUAUUAACAUAUGUAAAUACCAACACACGUCUCUGUGGUGUGCUUGUAAAGGAUUUGUAGCAGAUGCAACAGAGUGAUGCCUUUUGCCUGAUGUUCAUGGCCUGGAGCCCUCAGUAACCAUCUGUGCUUAGCACUUCUAUAUAUUAAAACCUGCUGUAUUUUUAGCCUUUUUUUUUUUUUCUCUGCUUUGCUUUCCAUCCCAAGUCCAUCUCACUGCUGUUAUAUUUAGCCAAAGCAAUGAGAUGCAAGGAGUUGGAAUCACAGAGGGUGACUGUAGGCUGUUGUCUCUGACUCCCCUGCAUAGCCAUCCUGAGAUGACUUCCUGGAGGUAAUGAGUGUUGUGUGGUUGGGUUCCGAGUCUGCAGAGCGGUUCUCAGUGCUGGCUGAGCUGCUCAGUGGUUGUUUCCGGACCUGCAGGAGGAAAGCAUCAAGAAGACUGUGUGUGCAGGGUCUUCCCAGCAGCACGGAGUGCACUGCUGCCCUAGUAGGGAAAGACAUGGGCCUCGCUGCAAAAGCGGCAGAAAAAAACAGAGAACAGGAAAUCCCAAGAAGGUGUAUCUUAUUACAUGGGCAGAGGUCAGAAAAUAAGCUAAGAGGCUGAGGACACCAGUUGGUGGCAAUUGCCAGGGCCUUAAUAAAUGAGAGGAAAAAGCAAAUAACAUUCUUGGAUGAUUUGGCACACUAAGCAGGACCUGUUUGAUACAGCUUUGUGUCUUGGAAAGCUCCUCUAACUUUUUCAACAUCCGUCUGGUGUGUUAAAUGAAGAAAACAUUUCGGAAGCAGAAAAUUUGUAUGUGCAUCUUAUUAAAUUACAGAUUCUGUGAGGGCAGAUAGAGCUUUCUUUUUAUCUUUUUAUCCUUUACAGUGUGUGGUAUAUAUACUGUGACUUAAUGAGUGUUUAAGGAACUUAGUUUGAAGCUAUUGUCUUAAGCUGGAAAGAUAGUGUACUGAUAAAAUAUGGCAUGCCUUAUUAGUAUAAACAUAUGUUUUUGGUCUUGAUUUGACUUGAUUUUCCUUAUCUGAGGGCUUCUAAAACUCCAGUAUCAUAAGGAAACAUAUGCUGGCCAGGUAAUAUAAUUUUGCCAUCAUGAAAUAUGAACCAGACUUAUGAACCCAAGUGAAACCUGUGCAUUUCAGAAUUUUAUUUUUCUAAGACUGACCUAAUGGGGAUGAAGUAAGUUGAGGAGGGCCUACUAACUGAUUGUUUACUGAUUUCCAUUGAAGGAUAGUUUCUCUGAGUGUUUGGUUUUGAUAAGUUACUGAUUUAUUUCAGAAUUUUUCAAAAUGGAUUUUUCGUUGAUUUUGUGCUUUUAAGCUGGCACUAGCUAUAUAAACAGAACAGCCUCCCCAGUGUAAUCAUAUGGACUGAUUAUGGUGGGCGUAAUACACAGUCUGCAAUGGACUUGUGUUUGCGGUGCUGCCCGUUAAAUCGCAGACCUUGACUUUGAGUGCUGGCUUUUCUGAGUGGAGCAGACCGGUGCGUUUCUCAGGCGUUGCCAUUGAGCUGGCGUUGAGAUGUGCCAGGUGAGAAGUAUAGACUCGUCUGCAGGGGCACUUUGUCUAGUCAACUGAUUGACCCCUCUCCUGGCUUGUCAGCCUGUUUCUAAAUACCCUGAAUGUUUGCUGCUAAUAAUGAAAAUCAAGUCUUCCAAGUUUUAGUUUAUGUAUUUCAAGCGAGAAAAUGGCUGUAGAGUGUGGCUGUUGGCAACACAGACUUCAAAGGCAAACCUGGGUUCAAAUCCCAGCUCUACCACUGUGUAGUGGCGGGACCCAGGACGUGGACAGAGUUUUCCAUCUCUGCCAUACUUCAGUUUCCUUAGCUGUGGGAUAGAAAUAACUGGGGCCUGCAUAUGAGAAGCACUUAAUAAUUGAUAGGUAUUAUUACCGUUAUUAUUAUUAGCAUGUGGCAUGUAGAUUAAAGCACUUAACAGGAAAUAUUUUUACCUCAUUUAGCAUUUUUUGCAAAGGUGAAGAAUUGACGUGAUUUUACUUAUUGGUUGGUUUUGUUGAAAAUUUUAGAGGGAAGCAGAGUUUGCAUAUUAAGAUCUCAAAAGUCUGAGCUAAGGACUUUUAGGAGAGUGUGUGUCUGUCUGGGAGUGUGUGUGUGUGUGUGUGUGUGUGUGUGUUUAGUAAUUUUCUCAUGCGAAUUCUCUUUCUUGAACUUUGUAGCCUGAGGACAAAGAAGGCCAGGGAUUCAGCCAGCUGGUGGAUUCGUUCUGAAUUAUCAGUUGCUCAGAGCUGCGCUCUCUUGAGUACCACCAUCCUAACUGGCAAAUGGCUUUGUGCGUACUACGGUUGCAUCUUCCAUGAGACUUCAGGGAUUUUCGGUGACAGUUUUGAUUAAAAGCGACUUGUGCCUUACUUUUGAAGACUACCUUCCCUCACACCCCAAAACUAAGAAGUCAUUAUAGGAACAACCAAAACGGAGCACUGGACACUUUUCCACCACGCUGAUGGCAUUUUAAAUAUAGUUGUCGAUUUUCCCAAAUUUUAACUGAAGAAAGCCCUAAGAAUUUAUACUUGAGGACAAAAGUGUAAUUCUGCCAAUUAACAGGUUUUCAGAAUGAAUCUGGAAAAACUCAGCAAGCCUGAACUCCUGACACUGUUCAGUAUUCUUGAAGGAGAGCUUGAAGCAAGGGACCUUGUUAUAGAAGCUUUAAAGGCCCAACACAGAGAUACUUUCAUUGAGGAACGUUAUGGAAAAUAUAACAUCAGUGACCCUUUAAUGGCUCUCCAGAGAGAUUUUGAAACACUGAAGGAGAAGAACGACGGGGAGAAGCAGCCGGUCUGCACAAACCCGCUGUCGAUUCUUAAGGUGGUGAUGAAGCAGUGCAAGACCAUGCAGGAGCGCAUGUUGUCCCAGCUGGCCGCUGCAGAGAGCAGGCACCGCAAGGUGAUCCUCGACCUCGAGGAGGAGAGGCAGCGGCACGCACAGGACACAGCGGAAGGAGACGACGUCACCUACAUGCUGGAGAAGGAGAGGGAGAGGCUGACGCAGCAGUUGGAAUUUGAAAAGUCCCAAGUGAAAAAGUUUGAGAAAGAGCAGAAGAAGUUGUCGAGCCAGCUGGAAGAGGAGCGCUCGCGCCACAAGCAGCUCUCGUCCAUGCUGGUGCUCGAGUGCAAGAAGGCCAGCAGCAAGGCCGCCGAGGAGGGCCAGAAGGCCGGGGAGCUGAGCCUGAGGCUGGAGGAGGAGAGGAGCCGGGUGAGUCAGCUGGAGGAGGAGCUGGCCGCCGAGCGGAAGCGGGGCGUGCAGACCGAGGCCCAGGUGGAGAAGCAGCUGUCUGAGUUUGACAUUGAAAGGGAACAGCUGAGAGCAAAACUGAACCGAGAGGAGAACCGGACCAGAACCCUGAAAGAAGAGAUGGAGAGUCUGAAGAAAAUAGUGAAGGACCUCGAGGCCGCCCACCAGCGCUGCAGCCCUGAGGAGCGGCCGAAGAAGCCCGUAACCACGUCCAAAGGCACCGCAACUGAGCCCCCCAUGCUGGUGUCUGUAUUUUGCCAAACCGAGAGUUUUCAGGUGGAGAGAACCCACGGGAACAACUUAGCCAAGGUGACAAGCCCUGGGCUGCCUGGCCCUACCACUCCUGCUUACUCUUAUGCAAAAGCCAAUGGCCACUGUGACCCAGAGACACAAACUGCCAGGGAGUUGAUUGCAGGCAGCAGUGUAGAAAACCAAGUGCCUCCACGAGAGAAAUCUGCGCCACUGGCCCACGAGAAAGCAGUGGAGAACGGCGGGUGUCCUGUGGGGACUGAGACUGCAGUUCCAGUGGCCACUCACCUCCCUCCCAGUGGGAGCUCCCUGUCCCCCAGCAGCACUGCCUCCUCCUCGCUGACACCCUCUCCUUGCUCCUCACCAGUACUAAGUAAACGCUUGCUGGGCUCAUCAGCCAGCAGCCCCGGCUACCAGUCAUCCUACCAAGUAGGGAUCAACCAGCGGUUCCAUGCAGCUCGACACAAAUUUCAAUCCCAGGCAGAUCAGGACCAACAAGCCAGCGGGCUGCAGAGCCCUCCGUCCAGGGAUCUGUCCCCCACCCUCCUAGACAACUCUGCCGCCAAGCAGCUGGCCCGAAACACAGUCACUCAGGUGCUCUCCCGAUUCACUGGCCACCAAGGGCCAAUCAAGCCUGUCUCUCCCAACAGCUCUCCCUUCGGCACAGACUAUCGAAAUCUGGCCAGCACUGCCAACCCAAGAGGUGACACUAGCCAUUCGCCCACUCCAGGGAAAGUGUCCAGUCCUCUGAGCCCCCUUUCUCCAGGAAUCAAGUCCCCCACCAUCCCCAGAGCUGAAAGAGGAAAUCCUCCACCCAUCCCGCCCAAAAAACCUGGUCUCACCCCUACUGCAUCUGCCACUCCUCCACUGACCAAAACCCAUUCCCAGGCAUCCUCUGUGACUACCACGGAAGACCUUGCCAGCAGCUGCUCUUCCAACGCCGUGGUAGCCAAUGGCAAGGACGUUGAUAUACUUUUGCCUACCAGCAGCUAGUCCCUAAGGGGGAAGUCUCCACAUUUGACAUUCCGUCAUACUUCAUCCAAGAGCUCAGAGUCAGACCAUUGGGUCAAAUCCUGUUAUUUAUUUUGAUAGUGGCUGAAACCAUCUGUAUAAUACAUCUAGUGUGUUUUACCUUUUUGUAUUUUUUUAAGUAGAAGCUGAGUAGUUUGGAUUCUUAGGGUCCACAUCUUUGUACUGAAGCUAGGAGACAUUCUCAAGCUCAGCAGCCGCUGUCUUGUGAUGGAGAAAGCGAACUGAGGAGCAGGUGGCGCUUCGCCGUCUCUUUCGGGACCAGCACCACCCGACGCUCGUUCGGAGUUAUGCAGCAGUGGUUUGUGCAGAUUUCCAUUCCAGGUGAACAUGUUUCAAAAGUGCCUGAACUAAGACUGCCGUAGGAAUGCGAUUCUGCAGCAGAAACGCAACACGGAUCAUCUCAUUGCAGCAAAUGAGAGCCUCUGUGAACUCUGAAUGUUAAAAACCAACACUGCUUUUAAUCCUCUUUUACUGAUUUUAAUACAAGCUUUGUGUUGUGUAACGGCUGCCUCAGUAGAACGGGAAUCCCUCUGAAGGUGGGUGUAGACUCACCAGAGAGCUGAGCUGUGCGGAGCCCUGGAGAAAUCCUCCCGGGCACUCAGCCGUUGGGUGCUGAUCUCCUCGUACUUAUGAAAAAUUAAGUUACUCCCAGUCCCCUUCAUACGUGCUUGAAUAUAAUGAAAUCACAUCUCCAUUCAGAAAAUGUCUUCAAGCAUCUACUGUUGUGUAAGGAACUUCUGAUUCUGAUUGCUGUUACUUGAAUAAGAAGUGGUUACUUAUUCUGUAUAAAAGUUUUACAACAGAAUGAAAUCUUUAUGCUGUAAUCAAAAAGCAAUAACUUAAGAUUCAGUCUUUGUAAUAUUAUAAGUCAGAAUUAUACAGGUGUUACCAAAUUGUUACAUUUAUUCUCCAAGCUGCCAGCACUUGUCUGUAUCUGUGGAACCAAAUUAACUUUUGCCUAAAUGGAAAUACAGAUGUAUCUGUAUGGACUCAUACCCCUUCCUUCACAUGUCGGACAUACACACAUACACAUUAAUGUUCGUGUGGUCAUAUCUUUGGAGUUUGCAAUAUAGCAUAAAGGACAAGUAGAAUGGCACACGUAAGAUUCCCUGCCAAAGCAGCUAGGUGUGGCUGAGACCCAGCCAGAGGAAGAGGAGUCUUGUACACGGGGAGGUGGGGCAAUUGUAUUGGUAGGUACGUCUGCAUGCAGACGCGGAAGUGAACUCACCCCAGUGUCGCAAAACCAGUCAUACACAUGAGUGCCACAGGCCACUCCCUCGCCUGGUGGAAAGCAGCUGAGUGGCGGGAGCUGUAGCAGACCGCUGGGCCGAGCCCCAUUUUCAGAGGCCGCCCAGUCUAGCUCCAGCUGCUUCCUGUGCUGCACGACCUCUAGACCCGGAGUUACCCGCUCUUCACAGUUUUGUGAAAUCCAAGUUUUCAUGAGAAACAUUCUCAUUUUUAAAUAUUAAGAACCAAUCCAAAAAUCUUUUAAACACUGAUAGUUAGAUAAACACUUCUGCAGCUGGAUUUAGCCUAUAAGCUGCCAAGCUGCAGCCUCCUUCAUUCCAGAAAUUUCUGUCAUUUCCAUCAUGUCAACGUUUGCGUGGACAGAAACCUGAAGACUUUGGAAGUGUGUGGAUCGGCACAGCAGACAUAGUCCGUAGACUGUAGUGGUCAUCGCCCUCUUCCAAAAAGGACUGUCCGCAACCCAGCCCAGACACGGUGUUCUGUGAUUUCGUGUCCACAGGCAGGGAGACAUCCUCCUAGCCCACAUCUGUCCAGCACUACCUGACCCGCUACAGUUGAACUCUAUUUCAUGUUAACCCAAUAUGACUGGACAGGGGAAAAGGCAGUGGAUGAAACCAAUGAAUAAAUUACAGCCCAGUAGUACACUGUUGACUCCACAGCCUGUGAUUUGAUUAAGACAAAUAUAUUUGAAAUGCCCCAGGGUAUCUACCAAAAUGAUGUAGGGAGGCAUCUUAAACUGUCCAAAGCAAUCAUGCAUUGAACUUGAUCCCCAUGCACAACCAAAAUGAACAAUGGUGAUGAAACAGCUAACUUUUCUAAACAGGAGGGGGCUUCCAUGCCACAGUUAAUACCUCUCUUGCUUUCCAUGGUAAUCUUACAAGUUGCAUUGUGCUUCUCCUUUGUUUUGGGAUUAGAUGAUAUAUAUAGAGAGAGGGAGAAAGACCAUAAGGAUGUUUAUUUCUUAGGAAGUGCACUGAAUGAUGUAUUUCUUUUACAGUGUAAUAUGGGGGUGGGGAUAUGCAAGAGAAAUGUGUAUUUUUGCUAGUUGCCUAUCUUCUGAGAUAAAUAAGCACAAUCCUGCAAUGGAUCCAAUAAUCCAGUUAGAGAUUAUAGGUUAGUAUUUAAGUUUGCUGUAGAUUGUGUGUGUGUGCGUGUGUGUGCACUAGGUAAAAAUUCCAUGAUUUACAAUUUUGGUGUUAACCCAUGAUGAGAAAGCUAUGUUACCGGUCAACAGAUGAUAAUGAUGUACAACAUGUAACACAGGCAGUAACUGUUAGUCAUUAAUGUUUGUAAAGCCAAUUGUACCAUGCAGAAAUCUUCAUUUUUAUAGCAAACUACAUUAAAACAAGUUAAAUCAUA